UAAGGCAUUAGCAAUAUCUCUGAGUCAAAUGAGAGGCGAAGCUAAACAAAAAAUUCUUUUAAAGGGUCUCUUGCCUAAAAUAUUGAAAAUAGUUUGGAGCCGCAUGGAUGUUGAUAGUGCUUACGAAGACGUAUGCGAAAACGCCUACGCCGCAGAAACUUUAGUUAAUAGAAUGGAACAGAAUGAAGAUAAGAGUUUAAAGGCCACUAUAGCAGGUAUCUCUGCACACGAUAACGAGCAAGAUAUAGAGAUCUUGCGGCAGAAAACAAAGAUUGUUCAUUUAGAGAAACAGUUAGCCGGUCUAACUAUCGGUAAAAAUGCUCCACAGGAAAACAACGAGAUUGAUUUUCCCUCAAUAGCAGUUGCCGACGCCUUUAACAGACACAGAUCACCUUCCGGCGAUCGUAGACGGUCCAAUUCGGAAAAUCGGAUCCGUUUUCAGCACCCCCCAAGCCGCCAACACAGCGCGGAUAGAAAUAUUCCUCGAUCUAGAGAUAACCGUCCGAGAAGAGAGCCAACUCCACCACCACAAAAUUAUUCAAACAGAUCACAAGGACAAUUUCAGCGUCCCCAAAAUUUUAAUCCUAUGUUUAAUCCUCGUCGUAGAUUUCAGAAUUUAAGUGAAUAUCCCCAGCAUUUUCGAAACCAAACGUUUCGUGCCCAUCAGGUACCGCGCCAGAAUAACUUCGUUACCUCAGGUCCCCCUGGAGCUAGGCCACAGCAUAACGCUUGGUAUAACCCAGCCCAAGGAUUUAGAAAUAAGAGACAUAUAGAGUGUUAUGCUUGUGGAAAGCGAGGCCACUACGCGCGAGAAUGUCGCAGCGUGCCCCCGCCCCCGUCAACAGAACAGCAGUAGGUUUAUCGAGUAACAGUGUUGUAAAUAUAAAUAUACCCGUAAUAUGUAGCGUUACGCAGUUAAUGCGUAUACCAGUGAGUUUUUCUGGUCUAAAGACACAAGCUUUAGUAGAUACAGGUGCCUCAGCUAGUUUCCUUGCACAUCGACUACUUAUAAAUGUACCCUAUGGAGAAGUUAAAGAAAUAAAUACCGCCAACGACAGCACACAGCUUUUUAGAACAGUAUCAGGAGAGUUAGUCAAACCACGAGGAUGCUACGAGCUAAAUAUUAGACUAGCUCGUAGACACUCGUUUAAACAUCCAUUUUAUGUAAUGUCAGAGUUAGAAGAAGGAUGUAUUUUAGGUUACGAUUUCUUGGCAACUAACGAAAUAAUAAUAAAUCCUAGCGAACGAUCGAUUAGCUAUAAACAAGACAACGAGUUAAAGAAACUUAUAAUACCGCCAUUACAGAUUAACUCAAUUAGCAUAGUUGAUCCACCCCAAUUUAAUUUAGAAGGCAUACCAACAAC